CCUAAUUGUUGUGAUAAACUUAUUAAAUAGAUCAUUAUGUAUAAUUGAUGAGUAAAAUUGGUGACUGAGAGGGGUAAAUCAAUAUGGAAAUGGAGUCGUUGUCAGAGGUGUUCCGCUGCUUUAUCUGCAUGGAGAAGCUGUACGACGCCAGACUGUGCCCUCACUGCUCCAAACUCUGCUGCUACCUCUGCAUCAGGAGGUGGCUUACGGAGCAGAGACCACAGUGUCCUCAUUGCAGAGCGGGCCUGGAGUUGCACGAGUUGGUGAACUGCCGAUGGGUUGAGGAGGUAACCCAACAGCUGGACAGUCUGAGCACAAGCAAGAGUGCCAGAGGUGCCGUGGGAGGCACAACUAGUUCCAGAGGCAAGUCGUCAGCCGGAGGAGGCAAUGACCCCUCUACGUCCAGUGGAGAAGGCCAAGACAAAGAUCUCUGUAGCGAACAUCCUGAAAAGCUGAGUGUGUUCUGUGCGACAUGUCGUGCCUGCAUCUGUCACCAGUGUGCUCUCUGGGGUGGCACUCAUUCUGGCCACCAGUUCAAACCCUUGGACGAAGUGUACGAUCAGCAUGUGAAGAGUAUAGACGAAGAGAUCAAUGCACUCAGGAGGCGACUCAUCGAACUCAUCUCUCUCAUUCAGGAAGUGGAGAAAAACGUGGACGGAGUUACGACUGCGAAAGAGGACAGAGUGCGUGAGAUCAGAAACGGAGCUGACAUGAUGGUAUCCAGGCUGGACAGCCAGCUGAAGGCUAAACUGUACACCCUGAUGGGCCAGAAGAACUCUCUGAUCGAAGAAACGGACACCCUGACUGCACUGCUGGCUGGUGUGGAGAAUGACAUGCGAGCUUUCAAGAAGAGUGAGCUGAUAUUCAAGACAAAAGAGAUGCUGAAUAAGUUCAGUCUGGUGUGGAAGAAGCCGAUGGCGUCGUUCGUGACUGCGCCUGUGCCUGCUGAUUUCACAAGUGAACUGGUGCCUAAUUACGACAGUGCUACUUUCCGCAUCAGCAACUUCAAUCAACUCCAGCAGAAGGCGGAUCCAGUGUACAGUCCACCUCUGGUAGUGAAUGGACUCAGCUGGAGGCUGAAAGUGUACCCUGAUGGCAAUGGGGUGGUCAGGGGAAGCUAUCUUUCUGUUUUCCUGGAACUCACUGCAGGCAUACCGGAGACGUCCAAAUACGAGUAUCGCAUAGAGAUGGUCCACCACUCGCAUCCCGACGACAGUCGCAACGUCGUGAGGGAGUUCGCAUCUGAUUUUGAAGUAGGAGAGUGCUGGGGCUACAACAGAUUCUUCCGACUGGACCUGCUGGCAAUCGAUGGGUUCCAUGACCUCCGCUCAGACUGUCUUACGCUUCAGUUCCAAGUCAGACCACCCAAUUUCCACCAAAAGUGCAGAGAUCUCCAAUGGUAUGUCGGUCAACUUCAGCAGAAGGUGGAAGGUCAGAAGCAGCAAUUAUCUGAUUAUAAAGAGCGAUUCAGUUCAGACAGGUGCAGAUCAAUUGAUGUUCCUGAAGGUUCAGAAACUGCCAACUCUAGCAUGUCAAUGGUAGCAUCUGGCGAUAAUCCAGCUGCCGUCGCAGCUCAAUCCUCAGCUGCGGCUAACAAUGUCUCUCAAAAUAACGAGGCCGAAACUACAACGGAAGAUUCAGAAGAAAUCAUAAAUUUAACUCCAGGGACUCCUGCCAUAGCAGAAAAUGAGGAGAAUGAUGUUGACGAGGAAACGAUGUCUGCAGACAAUGACAUUGACCUUGAAACCGCUAUUGGAGCAGUAGGGAUAAGUGUGAGUACUGCCGAGUCACCUAUUGCAAAUAUUGUGCCUCCGCCCCCUCCUGUACUGAGUUCGCGUCCAUCCAGUGCGGGGUUUCACGCGAGUAGGAGAAACAAUCAUGAAGAAAGAGUAAGUGUUACUGGCGACGAUGAAGCAAUAUCUUAUUCAUCGACUAGAUCGAACAGGGAUCAAACUGAGAGAGGGCAGCCAACGCAACAGAGAUCUGGUCGAGGAACUACCAAUAAUUUUGGUUCAACGGAUACAUCGCUUCCUUCUACGUCAGCAUUUAAUAAUGACAACAGCAGAGCAAGCACCGAAAUAGUUAAUUACGACGAAAUGGCGCACGCAGAUCUGCUAAGAUAUGUUGAGAGUCUUAAGUUGAAAGACUCAGCGGCAGCAGCUGUUGCGAGAGAAGCACAUGCUUUACUGGCGUCAUCCAGAGCUAAUAGCUCUUCAACUUCGGUGCAAAAUGACAUUCCAGUCAGCAAUUCGAGACAUUCCUCAGCUGAUGGUCAGAAACCUGCUUCACAGUUUCAAAGUCAGCAACUGAUGUUUGGCGAUUCGCCUCUAGCCGCCAACGGAGCGGCGGCAAGAAGUGACGCAGAUAAUCAACUGACUGCGGAGGCCUUUUGCAGAUAUAUGGACCAGUUGAGUCGCAAUAGUGGAAACUAUCAAGGUUCGAAUAGUUUGCAACAUCCAGGAACCAACAGUGCGCCUUCUUCUUCCUCGACGCACUCACAACAGGAAAUGCUACUUAGUCUGAACUCCUCCCUACAGCAGGUCCACAACUCACUCAUAGACCUCGCAAAUAGCAUGACUUCAACAUCGCCCUCCAACAAUCUGCAAAACAACACUGCUAACAGUCCUGCAGCUCCGGCUGUGAACUCGAUGACGGAGCAACUGGAACUGGCAAUGAGGCAGCAGCAGAAUCACAAUGGUAUCUCUGCUGUCGGCAGCGGGAGUUUUCACCAGCAACAGGGUAGCAGUGGUCAACAGACGGGGACGGGUGCAAUAAGGCGAUCGCAAGUGUCCACUUCAUGUGCUCCUGAUUUCAACAAAGAUCGAUCACUACGAGGUGCAACCAAAAGAGAUCCGACGAGUUUUGUGGACUUCGAGCAUCUCCAGAGCUGCCGAAGUAGAGGGGCACAAUCUGCUCAGAGAAGUCGAUGGCGAGAAAAAAGUCAUCCAGUAGGACGAACUUCAUUGCCUCAAAACAGCGAUGCCAAUUGGCGAGACGAAUUGACAGUGAGUCCUAACUCCUCCGCGGAUCUGAACAUCUCAAUGCAGGCAAUGACCAGCCAAAAGCCAAUUCCUGCAGGCAGCGCCAGUAACUUCUCAUCUAAUAACGCCUUUAAGUUAUCACAGAUGUUACAGCGUGCCUCUAUGGGUCGAGGACCUCGCUACUCUUUAAACGCGUCUGGAAGUAGUUCUCAGGGUGAAGGGUCAAUGAGGUCUCAGUUUGAGGCAAAUAUCCGAUCGGCACGAAGUCAUAGAAUGCCCUCGGCAAGCGAUGAUCAGUGUAGCGGAAGCGCAGAUGACAACAACGACGACGAAUCUGUGAGUAGCAUGAGCGAUAAUGAGAAUACUGAAAUGACUGAGGCGGUUGCGGUCAACAUUCGAUCGAGACGCAAUCAGUUGGAUGUGGAUGUAAUCUCAGGGCGUGGUCAAGGACAAAGUCAGGAACGAAUUCGAUUGCCAGAUUUGAUGAGCAGCCAUGAAAGUAAUGAUUUUGGAACUGCUCGUACUUUACAAGCUACGAGUGUAGAUCACGAAACAAUGAUACUGAGUGACGAAGAGGAUGAUGACGAUGACGACGGUCAUCCACAAGUGAGUCAUCUCAAUAUAGAGAAUGGAGAGGGAGUGGCGCGUUCGUCUCUCAUGGGGGGAUACGACGUGGACGAGGGAGAUGAAGACGAUGACGACGACUACAGCACAGAAGACGAAGAAGAGAUUCAAGGCCAACAAGAAGUAAGAGCUCAGCAAUACUCUGGACCAUCGAGAUUUCCUGUGAAAUCAGCCAGCAACAAUAUAAUGCACAGGCAACAACAGCCGAACAGGGCAGGUCAAAGCAGCCACAGUAGCGGAGACCAGACAGCUGACCACACGUCAUCCCAGGCACAAAACGAUAAUGACGCAGUAGAGGCGACGACCAAUGUUGAUGCUGAUGUCGAAUCAUCAGUCGAACAAGGGCCUAAUUAAACUUAAACUCGUUCAUUGAAACAAACCAUCCAUAGCAUGUAAAUUUUUGAGUGUUGUAGAUCAAGGUCAAAUUGUCUCUAGCUUAAAAUGACCUACAAGCUUUGAAUUUCCGGUCAAGAGACUAAGCGAGGAGGUUGCAUUCUCGGAAGCAUGUUUUUGUCAUUUUUUCAAUUGGAGCUUGAUAACAUUGUAUCUAAAUAGGUCAAUAUUGAGAUGUAUUUACGCUGAGUUAUGCAUUGGCAGGUUCCAUUGGUAUUGAGUCAUGAUAAUGUAAAUGGUUACAGAUUGUAAAGUUGUCUCUCUUAGCUAUACUGGUGACGCGCUAAGUAUUUGGUAAAAAAAGAGAGCGCUAACUCCCUGAAGUAUCGAUUUCUAAUGCAAGAAAAAGCACAAUUCCAAUAUUAAUCUUGAUAGUCUGAGUAAAUAUUGUUGACAGCUGCCUUUAAUUCAAUUUAAGCUGUAAAAUAUUUCAUUGUACAUUGUAGAGACCUUUUAACGCUAACGCGUGCGAUGGUAAAUUUAAUUCAAUUUUUUCAUGUUU